AUGACUAACAACGAUUCAGCGAACUUGCAAACUCCUCUAAACGGAGCACCCAAGGACGCCUUGAACACUCCCGCAGCGGAUGUUUCCGCGGCUGACGCACCUGCUAACGCCGUGUCGCUCGACGAGUUCAAAAAGCUGCUUUCCGCCUACAAAAAGAGAUCGGAAGAGCAGGAUAAACUCAUGGGAACCCUGACCAAACAGGAACGUCCUUCUGGACAAAACCCAAGCGAAACAUCCCUCGUCGCCAAGGGCAACUCGGAAAAACCUCAGACAUCCGAAAAGGAUACACAGGAGGAUGAAAUCGAGCGUAUCGACUUGGAUCCCAGCGAUGACUCCGAGGAGGACAUCGACGUCCCUCCAAGAAGAACCCGCAGCCGUUCAGCUCGGGAAAGUUCUCCGUUCGAAAAACCCAUGACGGAAGAAGAAGAAAACCUCUACUGGAUCGAACAGGAGGAAUUGGCCGAAAGGAAAACCGAGAUUACUCGCCACGAACGCCGACAAGCUCGGAAAACCGCUGGAGAGGAUCCCGAGAUACGCGAUCUCCGCGAUUACAUCACCAAGACCGCCGCAGAAGUAAGGGCCGUGAAAUCGCAAAUCCACCAUGCCACGAGUGCCGCCCCAGAAAUCGACAGGUUACUCGAUGUGGCUCGUAAAACACCCUUCACCGCGCGGAUCUCCGAAACUAAGGUGUCUAAUCCGGGAAAACUCAAGAUACCGAUGUAUAACGGUACUACCGACCCCAAAGCGCAUCUCCAGGCGUUCCACAUCACCAUGGGAAGAGCCAGGCUUAGGGAGAGCGAAAAAGACGCAGGCUACUGUCGCCUGUUCGUCGAAAAUCUCGAAGGAGCGCCGCUCGAAUGGUUCUCCCGUUUGAAGCGAAACUCCAUCGGAAGCUUUCGUCAACUCGCGUCGGAAUUCCUCUUCAAGUACUCUAUGUUCAUCGAUAGAGAAACUUCCGAUGUCGAUCUCUGGAGCUUAACUCAGGAAGAGGGCGAGACCCUCCGAGAGUUUAUAAGCCGCUUCAAACUGAUCAUGGCGAAGGUCAGCGGAAUCAGCGACAAAGUCGCAAUCGAUGCUCUUAGGAAGGCGCUCUGGUACAAGUCGAAGUUCAGAAAGUGGAUAACGUUGGAGAAACCUCACACGAUCCAGGAUGCCCUCCACAAAGCCUCGGAUUACAUAAUGAUCGAAGAAGAGACGAAUUACGUCCAUCACGAGGGGGAAGAACUCCAGGGCGCGCACAAUUACGCGAUCAAUCCGGAGCAGGGCAGGACUUCGGGAAAUACGUGGAACCGUAACCAGAAUUACGACAAAAACGUAUACUGCAAGUUCCAUCAGACCGAAGGUCACUCCACGGCUAACUGCAAAGUCAUAGGGGCGAGGCUGGCCGCGAAGCUUCUUGCUGGAGAACUCUCCGGAGUAACCAGCGUCAAGGAUCUAAUCCUCGACUCCGACCGUCCGCCAAAAACCAACAAGAAUCCUCCCGCGGAGAACUCAUCACCGAAAAAUCAGGCGGGGGAUAAGCGCGAGAGAAGACCAGACGAUAGGGGAAACAAUAAUUCCCGAAAUAGGGUCAACAUGAUCAUGGGAGGAUCCCAGUACUGCAAGGACUCGGUUUCGGCCAUCAAGGCCUACCAACGGAAAGCCGAGUUGACUGCGAAGUAUCCUCCACGGUCACCUCCUCAAGACGGACGGAACACCUCGAUAACGUUCACCGAAGAAGAGGCGUACGGAAUCGACCAACCUCACUGCGACCACUUGGUCAUUGAUCUCGUAAUAAGAGAUCUCGAAGUUGCAAGAAUACUUAUCGACACCGGAAGCACGGUAAACCUAAUCUUCCGCGAUACCUUGAGAAGGAUGGGCGUCGAGCUCGAAGAAGUUACCCCGGUACCGAAACCGCUCACGGGUUUCUCCGGACAAACGUCCAUGACCUUGGGAUCGAUUCAGCUACACGUCAUAGCAAAAAACGUUACGAGAAUAGUUGACUUCGCGGUGGUAGAUAGCCCGGCUAUUUACAACGCAAUCAUGGGAACUCCAUGGCUAAACGCUAUGAAGGCCGUUCCCUCGACUUAUCACUUGGGCAUUAAAUUCCCAACCAGGACUGGAAUUGCCGCAAUCUGGGGUUGUCAAAAACAGUCGCGACUUUGUUUCCUAGCGGAGCAUAAGUUGAGACAGAUCACGACGACCUCUACGGUUAAACGCAAGCGAACUCAGCCUUCCGCCGAAGACAAAAAGACAUCUCCCGCGGAAGCAGAUACGGAGAUCGGAAACAUCCCCGACUCUGAAGACAAUGUCACAACUCAGCGGGAAGAGGAAAAUCCUGAGGUCAACGUCGACCCCACAACUAAAGCGGUCGACGGAAAACCAACCAACGAGUAA